GGCGCCGCCCUGGGGCACCUGCGGGUGCUGAGCCUGCGGCGCAACCGCCUGGCGCGCCUGCCCGCCGCCGCCCUGCGCCACCUGGGCCGCCUGGCUGAGCUGGACCUGAGCCAUAACCGGCUGCACGGGCUGGGUGAUGGCCAGGCCCUAGCGCCCCUGCGGGAGCUGCGCAAGCUGGGCCUGAGCCACAACCAGCUGGGCACGGAUGGGCCGGGGCGCCUGGGCGAGCUGCACCAGCUGGAGGAGCUGGACCUCAGCUUCAACCACCUGCGGUGCCUGCCCGAGGGGCUGGGCCACCUGCACCAGCUGCGCGCCUUGGAUGUGGACCAUAAUCAGCUGCCUGGCUUCCCGCCGCCGCUGCUGGAGCUGGCCGCGCUGGAGGAGCUGGAUUGCUCUGGCAACCGGCAGCUGCGGUGCCUGCCUGAGGGCAUCGCGGCCCUGCGCCGCCUCAAGAUCUUGUGGCUGAGCGGCACCGGGCUGGCGGCUCUGCCUGAGGGGCUGUGCCAGCUGGGCGCCCUUGAGAGCCUCAUGCUGGACGGGAACCAGCUGCGUGCCCUGCCCGCUGGCUUUGGCAGCCUGCAGCGGCUCAAGAUGCUCAACCUGUCCUCCAAUGCGCUGGGAGAGUUCCCGGCAGCCGUGCUGGCCCUGCCUGGCCUGGAGGAGCUCUACCUGAGCCGCAACCAGCUGGCCCUGCUUCCUGGCUCCCUCUGCCAGCUGCGGCAGCUCCGCACCCUUUGGCUGGACAACAACUGUCUCCGCUACCUGCCCGACUCCAUCGUGCAGCUGCACAACCUGGAGGAACUGGUGCUGCAGGGCAACCAGAUCGCUAUCCUGCCUGAGGGCUUUGGGCAGCUUUCCCGGGUCACCCUCUGGAAGAUCAAGGACAACCCCCUCAUCCAGCCCCCCUACGAGGUCUGCAUGAAGGGCAUCCCCUACAUUGCGGCCUACCAGCAGGAAUUGGCACACUCCCAGCCUGCUCUCAAGCCCCGGCUUAAGUUGGUUCUUAUGGGCCUCAAAGAUGCUGGCAAAACCCUGCUGAGGAGAUGCCUGAUGGAGGAGGAGAGACAGAGAGAAGCCUCCCUGGGAUCUCCAGAUGCUGGGAGAUCCCAGCCCAGAGAAUGUUCCAUGCAGCAGGAGCAGCAGCAGCAAAAUAACACCCCCUUGGCCCCGGCUUCUAAAACUGCUGGGAAAGCACAGCUAGACCAUUGCCCCAUCACCAGGCAGCAAGAUGGGCUGUCCCCCAGAGUCUCCCUGCUCAGGCAGGCCAAGCAGCAGGAUGUUCCCCUGGCUCCAACCCCCAAAGUUAAUGGGGAAGCCCAGGUAGACCCUUGUCCCAUGCUGCUGCAGCCAGACACGCUCCUGGCCCCAGUAGUAGCAAGCCUGCCAGGCAGCAGCAAAGGCAUUGAGGUGACUGACUGGACAGCAGAUGCGGAGAGAGGCCUGACCUUCAUCGUGUAUGAGCUGGCAGGUGACCCCACCUACGAUGUCAUCCAGUCUUUCUUCCUCUCUCCUGGAGCCCUCUAUGUACUGGCAGUGAAUUUGAGUGCCUACGCCCCACAGCGCUUCUACCCCUCAGUGGGGUACUUCCUGCACUGGUUAGGUGCCAAGGUGCCCCAUGCAGUGGUGUGCAUGGUAGGCACCCAUGCUGACCUCUGUGCCGAGCGGGAGCUGGAGGAGAAGUGCCUGGACAUUCACCAUCAAAUUGCCCUGCAGGAGAAGAGAGAUGCUCAGGACCUCCAGAGCUUAGCCCACCAGGUGGAUGAGGCCCUGGGGCAGGACUUCGACCUCCGCUGCUCCAGCCCUCACGCAGCCUUCUAUGGGGUGUCGGACAAGAACCUGCGGCGCAAGAAAGCCCAAUUCCAGUAUCUACUCAACCACCGGCCACAGAUCCUCUCCCCAGUGCUGCCCUUUAGCUGCCAAGACCGUUGCCAAGUGCAGCGCCUGCGGGACAAGCUCCUCUCUGUGGCUGAGCACCGGGACAUCUUCCCAAACCUCCACCGGGUACUGCCAAAGUCCUGGGAGGUACUGGAGGAGCUGCAUUUCCAGCCACAGGCUCAGCAGCUGUGGCUUAGCUGGUGGGACUCAGCCCGGCUAGGCUUGCAAGCUGGACUAACGGAGGACCGUCUGCAGAGUGCCCUGUCCUAUCUGCACGAAAGUGGCAAGCUGCUGUACUUUGAGGAGCACCUGACCCUGCGCGAGUAUGUGUUCCACAACCUGCCAAGACUCAUUGACAUCCUUAACGUCUUCUGCCAACGGGAUGCCACGGUGCUGCUCCAGAAACUGCUCAGUGAUACUCACAUCGAUGAACUGAGAGCUGCUCAGCUCCACCACUAUGUGGAAGGGUUCCUGCUGCAUGGCCUCCUUCCUGCCCACAUUAUCCGCUUGCUUCUCAAGCCCCAUAUCCAGAGCCAAGAGGACUUGCGGCUCAUCCUAGAGCUGCUGGAGAAGAUGGGGCUCUGCUACUGUGUCAAUAAACCUAAGUGCAAACCCCUGAAUGGAGCUACUGCCUGGUACAAGUUUCCCUGCUAUGUGAAGAAUGAGGUUCCCCACGCAGAGGCGUGGAUCAAUGGUACCAACCUGAGUGGACAGUCUUUUGUAGCUGAACAGUUGCAAAUUGAAUACAGUUUCCCAUUCAUCUUCCCACCUGGUUUAUUUGCACGCUACAGUGUCCAAAUUAACAAUCAUGUGGUUCAGAGGUCGGACGGCAAAUACCAGAUUUAUGCCUACCGGGGGAAGGUGCCUGUGGUGGUGAGUUAUAGGCCUGGCAGGGGCACGCUGCAACCAGAUACUCUGUCUAUUGCUAGUCACGCAUCACUACCAAAUAUAUGGACGGCCUGGCAAGCCAUAACCCCCUUAGUGGAAGAACUGAAUGUACUACUUCAAGAAUGGCCAGGUCUGUACUAUACUGUCCACGUCCUCUGUUCUAAGUGCCUUAAGAGAGGGUCACCCAACCCACACACUUUUCCAGGAGAGUUGCUGAGUCAGCCACGACCAGAGGGAGUGACAGAGAUCAUCUGCCCGAAGAAUGGCAAUGAGCGAGUGAACGUCGCCUUGGUUUACCCACCCACCCCGACCGUGAUCAGCCCUUGUUCCAAAUGAAUGGAAGCACCAGUGCUGAAGGUUUUAUAUCGGGCAGAAUGUGAAACCAUGGUGUGGCUGGACAAUCUGUAGCACUGCUGUCUGCUUGGGUUUGGAGUUGUGCAUUGACAAGAACACCAGACUUUGGAACUCUGAACUGUUUCAAGUGGGCACACAGCUAAGUGCGUCUCCCCUGAGGUAUCCUCGAACUGAAGUGUACGCUGCAAUCUGAAGGUCAUGGAUGAUUGGAUGGGAAGUGGCUAUUAGGUAGCAGCAUUCAUGGCUGGAGACAAAAUACUGAGAUUGAAACUCAUGGACCCACUGAUCGCCUGUUGUGCACCCAUUUGGACCUCUUGGUGAAUGUAAAAAUAUUGAGUACUGUUUCUUUCAGGCAUGCCUGAAGGAAAGUCUUUUGAGAUGAGCUGCUGUUGGGGUUCCCUGGAAUUGUUCCUGCACAUGGAGAACCAGUGACUUGUUGCUGUGAUGUCAUAUGGAGCAAAGAAAAUACACAACUGGAAUCUUUCCCACUGGGAGGACCAAGUAACUAGGGGGGCUCUAUGGAUGCACAGAGGAGAAUGCAUUGAGUUGUUUUCAAGAGAUAAAAGCCUUGGCCUAUUGAGGAACAGAGCAAAUGUUUUACCACCUGGACUCAGAACCAUGAUCAUCCUCCAGAAAAGAGCUGCUCUACAAAAAAGAAAAAUGGUGUGAAUGGCUUCUCAGGGAUUCUGUUUGCCGUGCACAUAAAAGCCAUAAUUACCAUAAUGAUGGCAGUAUUUAGAGCACUCCAGUUUCAGUUCUCUGUAAUGCAAAAGAGGGAUCACUCAUCUGACCUUCUCUCCUGUUCAGUAAUUAGCAUUAAAGAUGCAUUUUAUCUUUAUUUUUGUAAUAUGCAAAGCCA